AUACAGUGUUGUUUAUAUAGGCAAUAAGAAGAGCCCAGAACAUUCGGGCAAAUUAUCGAAUACGUGCUGUGCAUGAUGCACACUCAUGCUAGUCUAUGUCAGAGGCAGUUACAACAAGAAUCCUCACUACAAACAAAUCACAAUGUGUAUUUACGUAAGAGGGCAUAACUAAUCUUGGGUUUGUUUGCCAUCUGCUGAGUUGUAAAUAUUCUGCAAUGGAUGUUGACUGGUUUGAGUGCCACGACAGUGAGUUGCUGAGCUGGGAGAGAUAUUAUUGGUGCUGCUGCUAUUACUCUCCAAUACAAGAGGAGUAAAGGAGAAUCCCUUUUGUAAUCGUCUUUCUUCUAUCAUCUUUUCGCGCGGCGAGAAUUAUAAAGAGAUGGAUAGAGCAAGAAUCCUGCUAAAUUAAUUAAAGGAACGAGGACCACCGUACAUGAAGGACCACCGUACUGCUAAUAAUUUAAAGAGAUUGAAACUAGAGAUCGGAUCAAAUCCUUGCGCAGAAAGUUGAAAACUUCUUCUCCAAAAAGUUACAAGAACAUGCAUGAUUACGAACGCCCUUCAUCAUGUGGUGCUCACAAAGAAGGGGUACCUUGAUGAGCAAUUUAUUCAGCUUGAGGAGUUGGAAGAUGAUGACAACCCUAAUUUCGUAGAGGAAAUGGUGACAACUUUCUAUGCUAAUUCUGCUAGACUUCUACAAAACAUAGAGCAAGCACUGGGUAGUCGGCCUAUUGAUUUCACUAAGCUGGACAAUUACAUGCACCAAUUCAAGGGUAGUAGCUCAAGCAUAGGAGCCACGAGAGUGCAGAAAGAAUGCACACUAUUCAUGGAAUACUGCGAGGCAGCUAAUGCAGAAGGAUGCAUUAGGACUUUCCGACAAGUCAAACAAGAGCAUGCAAGUUUGAAGACGAAGCUGGAAGAUUAUUUUAAGUUGGCACGACAAGGUGGACCAUCAGCAGGAGGCCAAGCCGGCCGAUAAUUAAAUGGUAAUUGGCGAAACCUCAUACACGUACGGACUCAUUCUUCAUAUAUAUAUAUAUAUAGUUAUAUGAACAAAAGCUCAUAUUAUCGAGUAGAACGGAAGAAUUUCGCAGAGUUUCCGUGUAUUAAUUAGCAGUAUCAUUAAUUGUGUUUACUGAUAAGCUUGUAAUCAGCUUAGCUAGCUAGUCUAUAUAUUAUGAUGUUGAUCGGCCUAUGCGUGGCUUAUGUUUUCCUUCCAUUUAUAUUAUGAUGUU